UUGAGUUCAGCACUGUAAAAAUAAUAACAUAAAAGAACAGCGUGGAUGCAUGUCUCUAUAGGACUCUGUUACUUUCCCCCGGGAAUGACGUACACUUUUUUUAAAAGCCACCAACUUUUAUCAGAUCAAUAAGGCCCAAUCAAUAGCUUUCCUUUCCAAGGACGAGUGCUGGGUUUGUUAUCUAGGCAGCUGGCAGCUAACAAGAGGCAGCUUCAUAUCUGUUUAUUGUAAAGAAGGCGAAGCAAACUGCAGGCUGGGGACAGGCAGAGGGAUGUUUACUGUCAAUACGGCAGAAGAAAGAAAGGAAAUAUAAAGAGCAGAGGCUGUGGACUGCAACCCAAAUGAAUGAUCUGAAUGUAAAAAUAGCUGUACAGAUUCAGAAAGAAAGUGGGUGGAUUGACCUCGACAACAGAGUGUUUCUCUGUGCUUUGAAAAGGUUUAUAAAUGAUCUAGUUAAGAGUUAGAAAACAGGGAAGUGUGUGUGUGGCAAUCAGAAAAUAAUGCUGGGCAACAGAGCUCUGAAUCCCCAACAGAGUCGGAAAGGUGCUUUGAAUUCAGCCCAAAGGCAAAGUGGUGUUUGAGAUUUUUUUAAAGAUAGAUAGAUAGAUAUGUUAGAAUCACCAUUUAAAAAUAAUAAUAAUAAUUAAUGAUAAAACAGAGCUUGAAAAAAAGAAUUGGACAUGUUUUUUCCUAGUAAGUUGAAACACGCUGUAACACAGAACAGGAAAAGCAAGCAAACUUCCCAGCUUGUCUCCCCUCUUCUCCAUCCACAGAGGAAUUUGGUGUCUUGGGUUUACAAGACAAGGAAAGUUGCAGACGAAAAGCUGGAAGUGGUUUUGAAACACCCAGAACCAAGCAAAAGAAAAGAUUAAAUGUUGGAGCACAAGGAAGAACACCCUACCAUGAAACCAUUCACAGAAGAAGAUGUGGAAUUUUACAUCCAGAAUAAGGUGGAACAGCGACACCUCCUGGUGUCUAAAACAGUGGACGAGGUGCAGAAGAUCAUCCAACAACUGACUGCCGAAAUCAGCUACAGGGACACACGAUUUCAGGCCAUCUCCAACUCUGGCAUUCACAACGAGAAUUUUAGGGUCUUAGCGCCUGGCCAGUUCCUCAUCACAGUCCCACUGCGCGGCCUGACAGGGUACAGGGAGCGCCAGGUGCGGCACUGGCGGUAUUACACAGUGCACGGGGCAAAGCUCCUUUCCCCAGUACGGGACCCAGAGGAACUGCAGCAGUGGCUGGAGGUGGAGCAGUUCUCUAAGAGCCUGCAGCAGUGGCAUGAGACAGAGGUGAACGUCGAAGGCGAUCUCGUUCCAGCCAAAGUCCUGGCCGUCUUCAGGGAGCUGAUGGAGAAGUCAAUUACCUCCUGUAACCUCUCCAGUAAAGUCAGAAUGCUGGAGAGCUUCAGCUCGGUGGUCCGCGUUGCUGUGGAGACGUCAGACUCCCAGGUAAAUGUGGAGCUGGUCCCUACUGUGGAAAUCCCAACCUGCUGGCCUGAGAGAGCCCGGUGGCCCCGCUGCUUCACACGCUGGCCUUCCCAGGAGAAAGUGCAGUGCGUCAAGUCAUUUGGUUUCAACCUCCUGGCCCACUCCAACUACCACUGGCAGCUGGGAUUCUCCCGAGCUGAGCGCAUGCUGAUCGAGGGCCUUGAUGAGGAUGGUGGCUGCCGUAUGAAGUGCUUCCGGGUCAUGAGACAGAUGAAGGAGGAUGUCUGGUGUACGGGAAAUAAGCCAAUCCUGACAUCCUAUCACCUUCAGACAGUGCUGUUCUGGACAUGCGAGAAGUACCCGCGCACCAAGGACUGGCGCUGCUUCCGGGAAGGCUUCCUGCGGAUGGUGCGGAAGCUGCACAAGUGCGUGAGCCAGCACUUCCUGAAGCAUUUCUUCAUCAGGGGCACCAACCUGCUCAAGUAUGCCAACACCAGCGACCUGGACCUGGUGGCAGGCAAGCUAACCGUAUUCCUGGAGAACCCUGUGCUCUGCCUGGACUGAGGGAGGGAGAACCUGCUGUCCGAAUCUGGUUUUACACCCAAGCCCCUCUUGUCUGUGGUUCUUCUUCUUGCCCUUCCAGUAGGCACUGUGCCCUUGAAUGUGAGUCAUGUGGCACGGGCGGUGUGAGAGAGAAGUGUCAACUGGGAAUAGUGAGAGGACAAAACUCUCUAGAGGGUUUGCUUGAUGCCCAACCAUUGCAAUUUGCUUUCUAGAGCUGCCUGUCUUGGAGCCACUGCCAUGCAGAUCCCCAAAACAAGCCAGAGCAGGUGCUAUUCUACCCUUUGUCACUAGUCCUAUGGCUUAUAGGCCAAAAGGCAGAGUGGUCUAGUGGUAAGAGCAGGAGACUAGCAAUCAGGAGACAUUGCUCUGCCACCCACUCGCUGUGAGACCUUGUGCUCAUUGCUUGACUCCUCUACGCUGCUUCCUCGCCCAAAGUAACAUGGAAUUAAUAUUUACCUACCUGACAGCAUUGUUGUGAAAUGAAAUGAAUGUUUGUGCAAUGCAUUGAGAGCCUCAGAUGGAAACCUCAGUGCAAUCAUAAGGUAUUAUUGUUAGAGCCAGUCUCUCACAUCUUGCUCCAUAUUGAAAUGUGGCUCUCGCUCUAGCUGUAAAGAGAGUUGACCUGGUAAGUGUUGAAUAUUUAAGUUGCUGUUUUUGCCUUUCUCUUCUGGUCUUGUUCCCUCAACUUUUUCUUGUGGCAGGCUCUUGGUGCUUGUUUGCCACCCAUGCUAGUGCCAUGCCAUCGGUCCCCUGUCAGUGUUUGCUGCGCCAGAGCUCUCUAGCAUCUCUGGCUCUGCCCAGCAGUCUGGGGGAUGAACUGAUCUUUCACCGUUUAGCACCUGUGCUAUUAGAGAGCGCCAGAGAAUUUUCCAAAGGUUCCUUGUUCCUAGUUGCACAGGAUUCCAGAGCUUUAUACGUGACAAAAUAAAAUGCUUGUUUUUUGAGAAAAGACACAAAAAGAGUUCUAAAGUGAAUGUUGUAUUUAAUGUUGUUAAAUGACUCAAGUUAUAAUAAAGUGUUUUAUUUUCUACUACCAUUAAAUGCUGGAUGGAGUAUGACCUGGUCAC